AUGGGUAAACGAAAUUCUCAACGUAAGAAUGCUGCGAUUUUGGAUAGUGACGACACCGAUAGCGUGAGUUCGUCGUCUACUUUCCGGUCGGAUAAUGUGCUUGUGUCCGGUGCUGAGGACGUUCAGCUUGAGAAAGAGAGUAUACUUGAUCAGUGUUUGGAUGCUUUAUAUGAGAAAAGGUACUGA